CGUAGGGGUGUAUGCCGUAUAUACAGUAUACCGGGGGUGGCUGCAGUACAACAAAGUACAACACCGUAAGAGACUGAGAGACUGAGAGAAGCACAAAAUGCAGGGAUUGCCAGCGACACCUUCAGUCAGCUCGAAGAAUCCACUCUCCGUCCGCCUGUCGCAGAUCCUGGCCGCCUCCUACACCGACAACUCCCUCAAAGAUGCCCUGGACGCGCUCACGCUCGACGCGCGAUUCGCAGACAACAGUCCCGACAGACGCAGACAACUCAAAGGCGAGCUCGAGCUCGACGUGAUCGAACAACACGGCGCAGUCAUCGAGGAGUUCGGCCGUAUCGUCAACACCAUCGACAGAAUUGGGGAUACACUCGGAACCGUCUCGCAAACCCACCGUACCCUCCUCUCCCACGCCAACGCCGCCAACAUCCAAGCUUCACGCGUCCUCUCGUCUUUUGAUGGCCUACAUUCACAGACGGCUGCGCUUACGACCAAAGCUACCAUUCUCACUCGCUUUUUCGAUAAUUUCACCAUGGCCGAAUCCGAAGUCUUGGCACUAACGUCCUCGUCCGAACCCGUCGACGAAGCAUUCUUCGCCGCAUAUGAGCGGUGCAAGAAGAUUAAUGCGUCGUGUGAGACGCUACUCACGACCGAUAACCAAAAGUUGGGGUUGGAUAUCAUCGAGCGGACACAGCAUCAUCUCGACAUGGCAUCCGUCAAGCUACAUUCUUGGCUCCAGCGGCAAUUCCGGACACUAUCCCUCGCAACAUCCUCCUGCGACCUCUCAAACGAAAACACGCCUUCACCGACCCUGCUACGAAGAGCGAUCGCCACUUUGUCCGCACAGUCCCCCGCCUUGUUCGACGAAGCACUCGAUUCCCUUUCCUCGACGCGACAACGCGCAGCGAUACACAGUUUCAUGCGAGCAUUGACAGAAGGCGAAGACGGAUCACGACCGAUUGAUAUGCUCGCACAUGAUCCACUACGCUAUGUGGGCGACAUGCUAGCCUGGCUCCACCAAGCCGUCGCAAACGAACGCGAGGUACUCGACGUCCUCGUCGGUACACGGAGCGGCGCGAUGUCAGAUCUCGUCGACCGAAACCUGGAAGGUGUCGGGAAACCUCUACGGUCCCGAACAGAACACGUCCUCAUAACCCAAGAAGACCCCGUCCUGAUUUACAAAAUUGCGUCCUUAAUCCGCUUCUACAAGUUCAUGCUCAUAAAAGCUCUGGGCAAGGAAUCCGUGGUAGUGGAUAAUAUUCAACUUCUCGAAGCCUUUUCGUUACAGCACUUUUCGUCCGCGCUCCACGGUCAGCGGAAUACCACUCUAGCCUCCUUGGAUACAGUACCGGACGACCUCUCACCGCCUCCGUUUCUCGUCGAGGCAGUUAGCCAGCUUCGACAAUUGAUAGUUUCGUACGACGCCUCUCUCAUUCCUGCUGUGGAACGGGAGGAGGGGUUUAGGGACGUGCUGGAUGAUGCAUUGUGGUCAUACCUCGAAGCUUGUGAGAAGAUGGUUCUUCAAGAUAACAAGAUGAAACGACAUGAGGGGAUUGUGUUUGUGGUUAAUUGUGUCGAGUGUGCGAGGAGGGUUGUGGAGAUGUAUGCGUUUACCCAAAACGCGGUGAACACUCUCAAAGAGAAAGAAGCUCGACUCGUUGAAGAACUAGUUGGGGAUACGUACCGGUUCUUCCUCGAAGAAUCUGGCGUGGAGGUUCUAUUGUCUGCACUCCACUCCGCACAACCGAGCACCCCACUCUCCUCCCUCCCAGCCUUCACCACCCCCUCCCUCGCCACAAUCUCCGCACAACUCGACGCGUUCCUCCCUUCAGCGCUCAUGGACGCGCAUACACGUCUCGAAAGACUAUACUCCUCUCGAGUUGGGUCUGGUGUGAUAUAUAGAGGCGCAGAAAGGUUUUUGAGGGAUUUUGGGGAGGUGGAGGGUGCGAUUGUGGGGGAGGAGGGUGCGGUGGAGUUUCCGAGGACGGUGUGGCCGAGGACGAGGGGGGAGGUUGCUGUGCUCUUGGGAUUGGAGUGA